UGGCCGUCCUCAAGGAUCAGGUGCAGCAGCUGGCGCCUGCCGGCCAGCCGGGACAGCCGGCUGAGAAGGUGGCAGAGCUGGAGCGGCAGCUGGCCGCCGAGCAGAAGCAGCGCAAACUGGCCGAGGAGCAGCUGAAGAAGAUCCGCCACGAGGGCGAGAAGCUGCACAAGACGGCGGAGGAGCUGCGGCGUCACCUGGCCGAGCAGGUGGAGCAGGCCGACAGGGCGCGCCUCCAGGCUGUGGAGGAGGUCCGCCAGGCCUGUCUCCAGCUGCACGACGACAUGAUGAACAAGCUGCGCUCCGAGAAGGUCGAGGAGUACGAGGCUGAGCUGGGCAGCGUCAGGGCGGACCUUGCCCGUACCCAGGAGGAGUUGCACGAUGUUAAAGAGCUGUAUGUCAAGGUGUGUCAAGAAAAGGAUCAGUUGGAGGAGAAAACGAACGAGGAGCGGAAGUCGGCGGUGGGCGAGCGCGAGCGGGCGGUGAAGACGGCGCUGGACCACCACUACGACCUCUGGUACGCCGACUGGAGGGUCAGCCAGCAGGCGGCCGUCGCUGAAGCCGUGGAGGCCGAGCGGCGCCGGCAGAAGGUCGAGGUGGGCAGCGCCACGACACAGACCUGUGCGCCGGCGGCCGUGGUCAGCGCCACCCAGACCAGCCCGCGGCAGCCCGCCCCGCCGCCGCCGACUGCGCCCCACACGCAGCACAAGGCCGUCCAGUCGGACGACGAGACGUCCGCCCAGCACCUCGACAAGCUGAAGAAGGAGCGGGCCGAGGCGGACCGGAAGCUGCGCGAGCUCAAGCGCCGCUCCUCGGGCGGCGCCGACAGCGAGCUGGUGCGGCGGCUGCGCCAGGAGCUGGAACAGACGCACGCCCAGCUGCAGAAGCUGACGCAGCAAACCAGUGUCGAGAAGGAGGAGCUGGUCACGACGUAUGAGACCCGGCUGCGGCUGGCACUGGAGGAGGACCGCCGCCUGGCGGCCGCCGUCGUCACUACGCGCCGCAGUCAGCUGACGGCCGACCAGCUGACGGCCGAGUGUGAGCGGCUGCGCGCCGAGACCGAGCGCUUGAAGGCAGAGCACGAGAGGCGCCUGCAGGAGAGCGAGGAGGGCUACCAGCGCGGCCUGGCCAGCUACCGCGCCCUCAUCGAGAACAACGUGGCCGAGCUGACCAAGGCCGAGGAGGAGCUGCGCCGGCAGGCCGCCGCCGACACCGAGCUGCUGCGGCAGGAGAACGCCCGGCUCGCGGCCGACAACGCCCGCCUGGCUGAGAGCUACGACAACGCCCUGGCGCAGCGGCAGGCCGACAGGGAAAACUACGAACAGCAGGUGCGGCAGCUGGCGGCCGAGCUGGACGGCGGCGAGGAGCUGCGCGCCCGGCUGACAGAGCUCGAGUCGCGCCAACAGCAGGCCGACGCUGAGGCCACGGACCUGCGCGACAAGCUGCGCGCCAGCAAGGAGAAGCUGCGCGCCUACCACGGCUACGUCAAGGAGCGCGAGCAGCACUACGAUGCCGAGUUCCGCCGCCUCGAGGCCGAGUACCGCGUGGCCGUCGGCAAGAUGAAAGAGAAGGUGAUGUUGGCGCGCGAGGGCGCGACGGACGUCAACGGCGAGGAGCUGGGCCGGCUGCUGCACGGCGUGUCGGGCUUCCAGCGGACCGUGUCGCAGCUGCGCCAGGAGCUAACUGGCGCCACGACGGGUCGCGGCGUGUCGCCGCUGCUCCCCUCCGGUGACAACCCGCUGGCCUCGCUCGAGCGCAUCCGACGCGACCUCAACUACAUCUUCCCGCGCGAGGUGACCGGCCGAACGGUUUACAGGCGUCGCCGGCGCUAG